AUGUGCCACGAAACCGAUUCUUGGGUCGACACUUUACCAAUGGUGCUGCUAGGCUUACGCACAAGCAUAAAGGAGGAUCUGAAGGCAUCAGCAGCCGAACUCGUCUACGGAACAUACCUCCGCAUACCAGGAGAAUUCCUUACAGAUUCAGAGACAACGGAUGAGCAUCCAAUUUACUCGCAGAAGCUCCGGCGGCAUGCACGAGCCAUUCGACCGGUAGCCACAGCUCACCACAACAAGAAGAAGGCAUUCACGCACAAGACGUUACACUCGUGCAGCCACGUAUUUCUUCGAAUGGACCAGAACAAGAGGGUUUUAGAGCAACCCUACGAAGGCCCUUUUGAAGUAGCAGAAAGACUUUCGGACACAGUUUACAUAAUCCUAAUCAAUGGGAAACGGGAGACGGUGUCAACCGAGAGGCUAAAACCAGCAUUUUUAGAGCGCAUUCCAGGUACAGACGAGAUGGCAAACAGCAGCUUACAACCAGCAUCAUCCCGGAACUCACAGGAUCAUCGCACUGAGCCUGCAGACGCCGCCUCACCUGGAACAUCCCAGCCGGGAAACGCAAAUCGAACGGCAGUCAUCCCAGUGGACGUGCCACAACCUACAUCGCGUCCGGACAAUCCAAGGGUGUAUGGACGAGCCAAGGUUCGUUUCACGCCGCAGCCUCACUGCUAG